GUUUUAUCUUUUGAAAAAUAAUGGAAAUCGUAAGCGGGAGUGACUUAAAGGAAGACAAACCGAUGAUUGCCGAUCAAACCGGACCGGACAAAGUGGAUUUAGACCAGCAGCCCUCCCCACCGCCGAUGCUACCUGCGUACGGUCUGCAGUCUAUGUUCGAGACAAUCGACUAUCUGAUCGUACAGGACGGCUAUCAGUGUGCGGCCUGUCCAACGGACAGGCGCCGUAGCUUCCCAGACAUGCCCGAACUGCGUCGCCACAUGGUGAAGCACGUCAACGGAGGUCGCAGCACGGGCCGACAUGCGGAAAUUCGAUGCAACCACUGCAACCGGACGUUCGAGCGGGUUGAUGAACUGCGCAAACAUCUUCUGGAGGCACUGAACAGCGAGUACGGACAGUCGAAAAAAGCGGACGCCGGAGAAGACGAGGAAGAGGAUAUCAAACGACACAUUGCCAGUGAAACACCGGUUAAUUACAUCAUCAAAAAUGGCUGUCUGACUUGUUCGGUUUGCGAUGCCGAGUUCGGAGUGCCAACGCGGUGGAACAAAGAAAAAUUUAAAAUGCACGUCGGGAAGGAACACUGGAAAACUCCCGCCUACCGGUGCGACGAAUGCGGUCGGCGGUUUACCGAGGCGGGAACGCUGGAGAAGCACAUGAAGCAACACGUGGAAUUGAUGGAUGUCGGGUGGAUGGGAGCAGAACCAUCCACCUCCAGUGGAACAAAAACCGAGCGUGAUCUCAAUUCGGAUUCAGACGAUGCUUUGGACUCUAAAUUGUUCGACGAGAGCAUGAAGGUUGCUGUUGAACUCCAGCUGGAUGAAUUGCCUCCACCGGAAGUACAAAUAAAGGUGGAAUUAGAAGACGAACAGAACCCGUUACUGGUCGAGGAUACCAAAUUGGAAGAUUUAAAAAGUUCUAUUCAAUCGGACGUGGCUUCCGGUUCCAGUUCCUCCAGUUCGGAAUCCAACGACUCCAACGAGGAGCACAUCAAAAAGCGAAAGAAACCCAAAGUAAAGCCAAAAUCAAAACAUCGUAGGAAAAAACCGAAGGUCGAAUGUCGAGAGAUUCCCGACUCACAGGAAGGAUCCAUAAUUUUAGCGUGCAACCUAUGCGACGAAGGUUUCCUGUUGCAAAAACUGCUCGACCGCCACAUGGUGCAGAAACAUGACGAACGUGAGCGCCCGUUCAACUGUUCAUAUUGCGCCAAAACAUACAUGACCAACGGUAACCUGCAGGAACACAUUCGAAUGGUACACACGGGAGUUAAGUUCCCCUGUAAGGAGUGUGGCGUUGAGCUGUCAACCAAAAGUUCCUGGAAGCGUCACAUGAAGGGACACACGGAAGAAGGAUUCUGUUGCCACCUUUGCACGGAAAAGUUCUCCUCCCAUUCGGUACUGGCUAAGCACAUCCGACGAGUUCACGAUAAAGUAGCAAACCACUUUAUUUGCCUGGACUGCGGAAACACGUACGAUACCAAUGCAGCCCUCCGCGAACACAGGAUCUCCCACACUGACGAAAGACGUUGGGAAUGCACGGAAUGCGGUAUGAAAUUUAAACGCAACCACAACCUGAUAAACCACCGCAAAAUUCACUUAGUCGAGAAGAAAGUAGUCAAAUUAAAGUGCCAAGACUGUGACGAGGAAUUUCCCUCGAAAUCGGCUCUAGCUAGUCACCGGUCCAUACACGGAAAGUUUUGCUGUCGGUUGUGCUCCCGAACCUUCGAUUCUAUAGCCGAUUUGCUGCAGCACCGCCGAGAGGAGCACAAAGACAGCGUAAAGGACACGGCAGUCAAUUGCCGAACCUGCCAUAAACGUUUUCCUGACCAGGAAGAACUACUAAAACAUCGUGAGGAAGAACAUCCCCUGGAAGUUCCGCUGGUGUGUGAAGUCUGCAAAGCUACUUUCAUCUCAACGGUUGCCUUACGGGCCCACCAACGUGAGCACAAUCGAGUGAUUCUGUACAAUUGUCCAAACUGUCCGGAAACGUACAACUCCCAGCUGCUGCUGGAAACGCACAUCAAGGAACUGCAUGCCGAUUGCAAAAAUCACGUGUGCGAUCUCUGUGGCAGCGGUUAUCCAACGCGAAAACAACUUGUCUCCCAUUUGGGCAGACAUCGUAAUCCCAACAGAAAGAAGGCAUCCAACAUACCGGGACAUUACAUGUGUGACAUUUGCGGAAAGGAAUUCAACUUCCGCGUGACGCUAAAGCGUCACGUAAUCAACUUCCAUGAUAAUGAUCGAAAAUUUCAGUGUCAAGUAUGCGAAAAGAUUCUGCUGUCGUCCGAAGGACUAAAGCUGCACCUCAGAGGUCAUUCGGAAGAUCAACUGGUAAUGUGCGAACUGUGCGGCAAAGGGUUCUCCCAGCCGUACCGGCUGCGUGAGCACAUGACCCGCCACGCACGCGAAUCCAACGAGCAACGCUGUCGCAUCUGCAAUCGGGCUUUUCGCGACCCAGCCAAACUAGAACUGCACCUCAAGUCGCACAGCGGCGAAACGGAGUUUUGCUGUACCCCGUGCCAUCGAUACUUCGCAACCGAGCGGCACUAUCGGUUGCACGUCAAACGAAUGCACGAAUCGGAAGCAGCCUGUCCGAUUUGCGACAAACUUUUCCCCACGGAGCGCAAAAUGAAAAGCCACGCCCGAAUACACGACAAUCCGCACAUGUUCGAGUGUCCCAAGUGCUACGCCUGCAUCAAGGAAAAGAAACACUUCGAUCGGCACAUGAAACAGCACGAGAACGAAGGCGUUCGGCUGCCGUGCGCCUACUGUCCGCUGACAUUUUCGAUGCCCAAAACCCGACGCAUCCAUGAGGCACGUUUGCAUAAGGACGAACAAAAGGAUGAUUCGGUGAUGAUGGGAAUGACGCCGACGGCACCACCACCUGCGGUGGAUGCUAUAACCAUAAGUCCGAAGCAUGAAUCGGUAGGCGGUGUCACUCCAUCAAAUUUGGGUUAUGUUGGCAUUCCAGGCUUGAGGGAAGAUGAAGUAAGUGUUGGUUAG